AUGGUGGGCUACGGUCCAGAAGACAAUCACUUUGUCGCGGAGCUAACCUACAAUUACGGAAUCGGAGAUUACCGCCUCGGCAACGAUUUCCUGGGGAUGACCAUUGUGUCCAGCCAGGCUAUGAGCAAUGCCAAAAAGCUGCAGUGGCCGCUCAAAGAGAUCUCAGCAGGCGUCUACGAAACGGAAGCCCCAGGAGGAUACAAGUUCUGCCUGGAAGACAAAACGCCAUCAAAGGAAGAUCCUGUGCUGAAAGUUACUUUGGCCGCGUCCAGCCUGCAGAAAUCUGUGGACUACUGGGCCAAGUUCCUGGGCAUGAAGCUGUACGAGAAGGACGAAGAGAAGCAGACGGCUCUGCUCGGCUAUGGAGAUAACCAGUGUAAGCUGGAGUUGCAGGGCAUCAGCCAAGCCGUGGACCACGGGGCAGCCUUUGGGAGGAUCGCCUUCUCCUGCCCCAAGGAAGAGUUGCCUGGCAUCGAAGCUUUGAUGAAGAAGGAAGGCCAGAAGAUCCUGACCCCCCUUGUCAGCCUGGACACGCCUGGGAAAGCGACGGUUCAGGUGGUCAUCCUGGCGGAUCCCGAUGGCCACGAAAUCUGCUUCGUCGGGGACGAGGCCUUCAGAGAGCUUUCAAAGGUGGACCCAAACGGUGGGAAACUCUUAGACGAGGCAAUGGCGGCCGACAAGAGCCACGAAUGGUUUGCCAAACGUAACACCCCAAAGCCUUCCGCUUAA